AUGCAGAAUGCAAUUGCUCAACACCCACAGACCGAUGCCCAGCCGGUUCCCGAGCAGCGGCUGGCGGCCCCCAGCCAACUCCCCUCAGUUUUAUUCAGCGCCUUUGCACAAUUUGAUGCUGAAGGAGAUGGCACCGUAGAUGUGGAGAAUAUGCUGGAGGCUCUGAAGAACUCUAGUGGAGCUAAUCUUCAAGGGGAGCUUAGCCAUGUAAUCAGGCAACUGCAAGCUUGUUCCCUAGUUCCAGGUUUUAUUGAUAUAUUUUCCGAAUCGAAAGAGCGUCUUGGUCUUCAUGCUUCAAUGAUACUGAGAUUCUUGCACCGGAAUCGGAUUUCUAGUACUGCCAUCCCUUACCCAGUGUUGGAGUACUUCAACAAUAUCUGUACUAUGCGGUCUUCUGUGUUGAAGGAUUCCUUAGAUAGACUUCUCCUAAAAGAGAGAGAAUACCCCAGUGAUUUGAAUGGUAACGAGGAGUCGGACAAGCUGAAGUCUGUCACGAAGUGCUAUACUCACAUAGAAACCUCGUCCAAUUCUGCUGAUAUUGACAAGAUGACAAAUGGAGAAACAACAUCUUUCUGGCAGUCGGAUGGGAGUGCUCGCUCACAUUGGAUACGUUUAAAGAUGAAACCAGAUGUUGUUUUGAGACAUCUGUCCAUUGCGGUGGCAGCUAAUGACCAGAGUUACAUGCCACAGCAAGUUACGGUGGCAGUGGGAAGGAAUGCCAGCAGUCUCCAGGAGGUCCGAGAUGUUCACAUUCCAAGCAAUAUCACUGGCUACGUAACACUGUUGGAAAACGCUAACAUUAGUCAGAUGUAUGUACAGAUAAACAUCAAGCGUUGCCUUAGUGAUGGAUGUGACACUAGAAUCCAUGGACUCAGAGCCGUUGGUUAUCAAAGAGUUAAGAAGGUGGGCGUCUCUGUGUGCGAUGCUUCUGCUAUCUGGUACUGGUCUCUGCUGACCUCUCUGGUAACAGCUUCCAUGGAAACAAAUCCAGCAUUUGUUCACACUAUUUUACAAAAUACACAGAAAGCACUGCAACACAUGCCACCUCUGUCUCUUACACCAGGCUCUGCAGAUUUUUCAAGCUUCUUAUCUCCAAAUGUUUUGGAAGAAGUCGAUAGCUUCCUUAUAAGAAUAACAAGUUGUUGUACUACUCCAGAGGUUGAACUUACACUCUUGGCCUUUGCCUUAGCCAGGGGGAGUGUUGCUAAAGUGAUAAGUUCCCUUUGUACAAUCACUGAUCAUCUGGACACUCCAUACAAGGCUUCAUCACUUAUCGCUUCCAUGGCAACAGUUAGACAGAACCUGCUGUAUAAAUAUGGAAAACCAUUGCGACUAACUCUGCAAGCAUGUGAUGUAAAGGGAAAAGAAGAUAAAUCAGGGCCUGAAAACCUCCUUGUAGAGCCAUGGACUGGGGAUGGUUUUCUGACUGAAACUGGGAAAACCAGAGCAAGUAUUAUUCUUUCUACUGGAACUGAAUCUUCAUUUCAAGUGACACAAAUUAGAAUAAAGGUCCGAAGAGGUGCCAUUGGCGCCCAGUGUGGGCUGGUGUUUGCUUAUAAUAGCACUUCAGAAAAGUUCCAUGCAGAGGAACACUUCAAAAGAUUUGAAAGCUAUGACAAAUGGAAGCUGCAGGAAUUCAAACAAUUUUUAAAAAACAG